GUCAAACAUUCAUUUCUUUCUUGCAUGUGAUUAGUAGAAACUGAUUGGUACUGUGCCGCACCGCGAUGUUGCGAGACUGGCAUGCAGGACAAGCGCGACUGUACCAUCCGUUACCGCCUUCCUCCCCGAGGCUCCAAGAACAGCAAGACCACGACCAGUGCAGAUCUGCAGCAACACAUCAAGCGCAAUUGACUUCACUUUUGGACUUCGGACCCGUGAUCUGAGGAGCUUUGCAUGCCACAUGACUACAGCAACAUGUCAAACCAGUCAUCCGACCUUGCGUCACGAUAUCAUCCGGCAAUAUGGAUGGUCGCCGGACUGACCUUAGCCUACACUUCGUACAGGCUCCUCGAGUCUUACACCAGCCUACAAUCAACCGACUUACGAAGAAGCAACGCAGUACACCGACCACGAAGGAACCGCCAAGAGGGCCACGUAGACUGGGAAUCGCCUUCGCCAGGCGCGCCUCUGGGGACCAUAUUGAUCCGCAAGGACGACGAGACUCUGGCAAUCAACUUGGCAAACACGCGACUUCCAUCCGCCGACAUGCUUCGACGCAUGUAUGGAUCUGGCAGUGAGUCGAUCCGCCGAGAAAUGCAAAGUCUGGCUUUGGAUAUGAUCCUUUCAAAUUGCUUUGCCUCCAUAGACGAUGCGGAAAGCAGAGCAAGGUUGAGCAAUUUUGGCCUGGACGAGGUACUGGCCGCGCUGAGAAGUAGAGAUGGGGAAGCGAUCUUGCAAUCCAGCUACAGCAUUCCGCAAAUCAUGCAUCUCGACACUGUUACCAGGGCACAAGUAGAACGCGCCAUACACACGCUUUUGACCUCGGACCCUUGGUUUACUGCCAACGCUUCUGGAUCCGACGAUGAGGUAGUAGAUCCAGCGGAAACAGAAGAUUGGGAGGUGGAUAAGAACGAGCCAAGUCAAGGAUUGCGAGGUCUGCUGUACUAUAUCGCGGAAAACGAAGCGAAGCGGAAAGCCUACGAGCACCGGGGCAUUGGAUGUGAAGAAUGCGGUGAACUCCCUAUACGCGGUGUGCGAUGGCAUUGCCUCAAUUGUCCGGACUUCGAUCUGUGCUCGUCCUGCGAAACCCACUCGCGACAUCCAAAGACUCAUGUGUUCGCCAAGAUCAAGAUUCCAGUCCCAGUUCUGUCACAGCCGACACAAGAGAUCAAGCUGUGGUAUCCCGGUGAUCCAAGAAAGAUCCAUGCUUCUCUUGAUGCGAAUCUGAGGAAGAAAUUAUGCCAAGAGUAUGACUACGAGGAGCCACAGCUUGACGCACUCUACGACCAAUUUACCUGCUUAGCGAAUGUUCCUUGGGAAAGAGAUCCCACCAGAGUCAAAGCUGGGAUGGACAGACGAGCCUUCAACAGGGCCAUGACUUCCGAGCGCUGGCCCGCUGGACUGGCCACAAAUGCGAUGUUCGAUCGCAUGUUCGCCUUCUACGACACAGACAACAAUGGUAUCAUUGGUCUCGAAGAGUUUGUAGAUGGCAUGGCGUAUCUGAGAGGACCUAAGCGUUUCGCCUCCUUGCGGAGAACAAUACAGGGCUACGAUCUUGAUGGUGAUGGUUACGUGGAUCGGAAAGACUUUCUGAGGAUUCUUCGUGCAAAGCACAUCAUACAGAAACAGCUUAUCAGCGACCAGGUUGACUUUCUGGAAUCGGAGCGAAUAUUGAUGAGUCAGGAUGUUCUGCGCUCGAAUCAGCCUAUUAGCUCUCUUUUCGCAGAUGAGCAGAUCCCGCCUGGAGAGACAAGGCCACCGGGUGGCAAACGACCAGAUGCGUUUGGCGACAUGCAGCCAUUGCCAGGCACUAAAACAAUUCUGGACGAGCAUGACCCUUUUGUGCGGAAGCGACCACCUCGCGAGCGGCUACGAGCAACAUUGUCUAGAUUCGAAGAGUUAUUGAACGAGAAUGACAUGUCCCAGCAGGACAAUGAUGGGUCUGAAGAAGAUACUGGCGUGCGCGAAAUCCUCCCUGAUGCCGAAGAUGAUAUAGAAGAUCCCUACUUACAGGACAUCCUCUGGCAGAUCACAGAGAAUGGUUUCAAUGAACUACUCGAUCCCCUGUUCCGGACUCGGGAGCUAAAUGACCAAGAAAUUGCCGACACUCGUGCUGAGAGGAAGCAGUGGGCGUCAGAGAUUGAAGAUGCCAUCGCAGUCGAGGCGCGCUCGCGCCAGAAGGAAAUGGAAGAGCUUGAGGCCAGUAAACCAUCACAAGGAAGCACGAAUGAGACAUCAUCAGGACGGAAAGCACCAGACUUGCCCGAACGUGCUCAGCCAGAAACUUUCAGCGACGGUAUUGUGCCCACAGACUGGGUCAGCCUGUCGAGACGCGAAGCUGAGAUCGCGGACGCACCGCUAGACGAACUGCUGAACAAUCUCGGCUAUGGCUUACGUGACGACGAUGCUACUAUAACUGGGAGUGAUGUGGCAGAUUCAGAUCCUCGUAUUGCAGAUUCUGGUAGCUCGACAAUCUGGAAUGGCAGACCUGCCAGUCGAGCCACUUCUCCGCUCAAGACAGCGAUUGCCGCCAACGACGAACCAACCUCCACUGACCCAACUCUUCCUCAGAAUCGUCCGACUGCCGAUUCUGCAGAAGGCAGUAGCAAGAGCCCUGCUCCAGCGAAAGCACCUUCAAAGUCUCGACUGAACAAGCUCGCUCAAUUGAAUGACUUGGAACGAGAAAUGGAAGAGCGUGGAGGUCCUGGCAGACUGGCGUAUGAUGAGGUCGAACAUAUUGUCGUCGCGGACGAAAAGCAUGAGCUGAGAGGUUUGGUGAAGAGCUGGUUGGAAUGGGCCAGCUUUUGAUCCCCCGAGACCUGCAAUACUUUGACAAGAAAUGGUCAGCCUUCCCUACCACGACGCGCCGGGGCUGAUUGUCCCUGGAGUGUGCUGAACAGAAGCGAGAUGUCAUGACUUCAGUAGACAGUGUUCUGCAUAGUGUAUGAAUGAGGAAAGAUGUUUGGAUAUGUCUUCUUGGCAAAC